AGCAGAAAACAAUCUGCAAGAUUUGGCCUCCUCAAGGUUCAAUGCAAGUCUAAACAAGAUGAUACAACGGAGCUGGAGUAUUGGCAUAGUAUCCCGACCAAAUUGUGCAUAUCAGCUUUUGGAAAUGGGAUGAAGACAGCUAAGACUCUGAUUGCCGCUAUCUUCAUUUUUGUCCAAAUUUCAUCUCCGUUGUGUAUGAUUGGCUGGGAACUUUGGUCUGUUUCUCCUGCAAAGGCAGUGCUUUAUUCUCCUGACACCAAAUUCCCGAGAACUGGAGAACUUGCUUUAAGAAGAGCAAUCCCCGCAAACACGAACAUGAAGGCAAUACAGGAUUCUCUGGAGGACAUAUCAUUUUUGCUAAGGAUUCCUCAGAGAAAACCUUAUGGAACCAUGGAGGGUAAUGUGAAGAAAGCUUUAAAGAUAGCAACAGAUGAAAAGGACUCUAUACUCGCUAGUAUCCCAACGGAUCUAAAGGAAAAGGGUUCUAAAAUGUAUGCAUCUCUCAUUAAUGGGAAGGGUGGUUUGCAAGCACUCCUAAAAUGUAUUAAGGAUCAGGACCCAGAUAAAGUACCUGUUGGCGUUGCGGCAUCUCUGGAUACUGUUGCAGAAUUGGAGUUGCUACAGGCUCCUGGGUUGUCCUUUUUGUUGCCUGAGCAAUACUUGAAAUAUCCAAGGCUUACAGGGCGAGGAAUUGUUGAACUCACCAUUGAGAAAGGAGAUGGUUCAUCAUUUUCCCCAGAAGCUGGGGGUGAACAGAGGAAAACCGCCACAAUCCAGGUUGUUCUAGAUGGAUAUUCAGCACGACUAACGGCUGGGAAUAUCGCAAAACUGGUAAGUGAUGGAGCAUAUGAUGGGACAAGACUCAAUUGCACUGAACAAGCCAUUCUGACGGAUAGCGGUCUUGAUAAGAAUAGCGGUUAUAGUGUUCCCUUGGAAAUAAAUCCAUCUGGGCAAUUUGAACCCUUGUACAAAACAACCUUAAGUGUGCAGGAUGGGGAAUUGCCGGUUCUUCCACUAUCAGUUUAUGGAGCUGUUGCUAUGCAUAAUACUAUGGCACAUAGUGAAGUUUCUGGGGAGUACUCAGCGCCAUAUCAGUUUUUCUUCUAUCUAUAUGAUAAAAGAAAUGCCAGUUUAGGAGGGCUAUCUUUCGAUGAAGGGCAAUUUUCAGUUUUUGGAUACACGACAGUGGGGAGAGAAAUUCUGCCACAGAUAAAAACGGGGGAUGUGCUUCGAUCUGCAAAGCUAAUUCAAGGUCAAGAUCGCCUAGUUUUGCCAAAUAAGAGUUGA